AUGAACUAUGAGCCCGAGUCAGAGUUGGCCCUGCAGAGCGGGAUCGACCACGAAGAGAGGUCGGCUGCAGCUAGCAAGAUCCUCAGGUCCCUGGACAGGGAGGCAGAGCCCCCCGCUGCCCGUCACACCCUGGCCAUAUCCCAGCAGGCCGAGCUCAUUUCCCACCAGCUCCACGAGAUCCAGCGGCUGGAGGCGGAGCUAGCUGGGCUCCGAGCUGCCGCCCUCCAGCAGGAGGCCACGGUGGCUGCCAGGGAAAGCACCAUGGCCUGCCUGCAGGGGGAGCUGGAGCAGCUGAGGGGGAGGAGCCAGGCUGAGGGCGAGGCCCUGAGGGCGGAGCUAGAGGAGCAGAAGAGGCGUGGCCAGACAGAAGUUACUGCCCUGAAGGCGGAGUUGGAAGAGCUGAGGAGGCGUGGCCAAGCGGAAACUAAUGCCCUGAGGGCGGAGCUAGAGGAGCAGAGGAGGCGUGGCCAAGCAGAAGCUGAUGCCCUGAGGGCGGAGCUAGAAGUGGCCGCUGAGCAGCACCAGCAGGAGCUGGCGGUGGCGCGGGGGGAGCUGCAGGCGGCGCUGGAGGAAGGGAAGGCCCAGACCCAGAGGGCGACAGAGCGCCUGCAGGGGGCGCUGGGGGAGCACCAGGCUGAGGUGACUCUCCCGUCUCUGCGUGGCCCAUGGGGCGGAAGUGGGCUCCCUGCGGCAGCGGGCCCUGCAGCUGGAGCAGGAGCUGGAGGCGAGGGGACGGGAGCGCCAGAGCCUGCAGGAGCAACUCAGCGCCUAGAAGGGGAGCGCGACGCCCUGAGGACGACGGCGGAGCUGCUGCAGCUCAGACUGGCCUCGCUCAGCGACAUCCUGGCCCUGCAGGAGCUGGAGCUGACCAGGAAGCCCUGUGACCCCCUGCAGCCCGAGACGGCCCAGAAGAGCCAGUCCCUGCUGAGCCGCUGGCGGGAGAAGGUCUUUGCCCUCAUGGUGCAGCUCAGAUCCCAGGAGCUCGGCCACGUGGACGCCACCAACCUGCUCCAGAGGAAGGUCUCAGAGCUGCAGGGCGAAGUGGAGUCGAGGGACCAGAAGGUGGCGCUGCUGCGUCACAGUCUUCAGGAUAAAACAGCUGAGGCCGACAUGGAACGAGUGAACAGCGAGACGCUCCGGGCUGAGCUGUCCCACCGAGAGGACUCAGGGCAGCGUCUCCAGCACCGGGCGGAAGCGGCUGAGGGCGCCUUGCGGGGUCUUGUGGAGAUCGUGAGGAGGCUCCAUCAGCAGGUUGGUGGGCAGGAGGCGGAGCUGAAGGCGGCCGCAUCGAACCUGGCAGGACUGGGAAACCGAGUCACCUUCGCCGCCAAGAGAGUCGACACCAUCCAAGGGCUGGUGUCUCGUAAAGUGGCCCUGGCUCGACUGCAGAGAGACGAGCAGCCCAAGGCCACUGGCUCAGAGAACGACGGCCCGUCCCUUGAGGCUCUCCGGGCCGAGCUGGCCCUGCUGCACCAGGAGCGGGACCAUCUUGUGGCCGAGCUGAAGAAGGGGGCCCAGAUCCUCGAGCAGCAGGUGGCCGAAGCCCGGGAGAAAGCGGAGCUGGAGCUGCGGGAGGCGACGCGGAGCCUGCAGGGGGCGCUGGAGCAGAAGGAGGCGGCGGAGCGGGAGUGGCGACAGCAGCAGGGGCAGCUGGAGGGGGCGCAGCGGGAGCUGCGGGAGAGCCUGGAGGAGGCUGAGGCGCUGAGACGGGAACUGGCUGGGCUGCGGCCUGAAUAUGAGAGAGCCCUACAGGAGAAGGUGACGGAGGUGGAGACGCGGCUGCGUCAGGAUCUCUCGGAGCUUGAGCAGCGGCUCAGCGAGGCCCGAAGGGAGCAGACGAAGGCCGUGGUGGCCCUGCGUCAGGCCGAGCGCCAGGCGGCGCGGGACAGAGCCAGGAGCCAGGAGCUGGCGCGGCUGCAGGAGGAAGCCAAGCGGGAGGAGACGGGCCGGCUGGGGACGCGGCUCCAAGCGCUGGAGAGAGACAAGAACCUGCUGAUGGCCACACUGCGGCAGGAGGGGCUCCUGGCCCAGUACAAGCAGAACCGGCUGGCGGCCCGAGGGGAGCCAGGAGGGACCGGCCAGCAGCCACCGCUGGGGAAACCGGGAGCCCGGCCUCCCUCCAAAGAGACCCUGGCCGCGGUGCUGGACGACCUGCAGAGCCUCAGCACGGCCCUCCUGCGGGAGGAGGACGAGGAGACGCCGCCAGGGGAGGAAGGCAGCGCCGAGGAUGAGGAGGGGCCGCCCUGAUGGGGGGUGGGGGAGCUGCUCCCCAUCUGGCGGCUGGUUUUCGUGGAUGUGGAAUAAAGAUCAUUUGAAUUAAA